GUCUUAUGUCAACUAAGUAAAAUUUUUAUGAUGUUGAUUUUGGUGGUUGUUUACUUAAGUGGCAUAAAAUGAAAUAAAAAAAAUCGUAAAAUAGCGUGAAAAGUGUUUUUAUGGAUAAUGUGCAACAUGUAAAUCAUGGAAGCUCUUAUUACCACAAUUCUCAUGUUGUCCCUACUGAUGACUAAUAAUUUGGAACUAGUUGAACUAAAAGAAUUUUCAUUGGGUGACAGUAAAAUAUGCUCGCUAAGUAUAAAAAGAAAAAUAAAACAGGAAUCCUUUUCAAUAUCAGAAGGUCACAUAAACAACCACAUAAUUCCAUGGCAGGUGCCUGACAUCUGCAAGUUCGAAGCCCAGUCCUUUUAUCACAAAGGGGGUGUGGUGGCAGUGAUUCAAAAAAUGCACCUGCGAAGAAACUUUACAACUGGAGACUGUAUGGACUACAUCCAGUUUAGGUCGAAAAAAGGAUUUACUAGUGAAAGAUACUGCGGCAUCCUGGAUGCUAGAAUUGACAUGCAUCUGGAUAGCAGCGAUCCAGAUUUUAUUUUACCUCAGUAUUUUCCUAUUUCUCAGAGGAACACCUUUAUCGAUGAGGAUGGGGAGUUGGAUGUUGUCAUUUACAUACAUAAAGAACCAUUGGAACCAUAUGAGAUAACUGAUUUUCUGGUUGUGUUCACUUCUUACAAAGAUUGUUCAUCAUCAUCUAUUAACAGGCAUUUACAUUUGUCGAAGCCAUGCGAUGAGGAUUAUCUACCGUCAAUUUGUAUUAAUGAAAAAUUUUUCGGAGAUGGUUUAAUUAAUUGCCCACAUUUCGGAUGUGUGGACGAAGGGGGUUGCAAUAUACCUGUGAUAACACAGCCAAAGGAUAAACUCAGGAAUAAAGUUAUAGUUGGCUCAGUUUCCACUUUAGGCAUACUUUUUGCCUGUUUUAUAUUGCUUAUAUGGAUAUUUAAGAAGCACAAGCUGUUUUGUUGGGCUGACGACUUCGCUCAUCCAACUGCUACAGCUGGAAGUAACAGAAAUUCUCGAAUCUUGGAAAUGAACGAGCAGACUGGCGCAAGACUGGCGGAUAGCGAACAAAACGUUUCUCGGCCAACUGCUCCGACUCCGGAGGAAGAAAAAGACUUGCCGCCCUCUUAUGACAGUCUAUUUCCCGAUCCACCUGCCAGGUAACUCAGUCUAAACCCGCAUUAGUCCAACCUCAGGUUACUUUAUGUAAAUUAUGUAUUUUUGGGCAGCUAUCACCUAAUAAUUUAGAGUUAAGUAUUUAAGGGAAUAACCAUUCGAAUAUUCGCUAGUUUAUGUUUGGCUAAUAUUAAUUUUAAACAGUGCAAGUUUCAGUUUACUGUAGGUACAAACUAGUGUUAUUUUAAUAGCGAUUUACUAAUAAUUUAUUCGAGGUUGUAUCCUAAUUUACACAAAAAUUUGCUGUUAUUUGUUGCCGUUUUAUCGUUCGGUAAAGGGUUAAUUUUAAGAUUUUAAUUAGGGCAAAAAAUAAUAAAUAAUUAGACUAACUGGCCUUAAUACGCGUUCUUUUCACGUAGUGUUUAAUGGUAGUGGGGAUUAUGGAAGUAACACAAAAGCACAAAAGUAAUAUUCGCCAAAUGCUCUGUAGUCAUAAGUUUACUUAACCCCUAAGAUAUUUACACGUGUGUAUUAUUUUGUACAAUUUUUUGUAACAUAUUUUAUAGUAAUAUAUUUUGAUGUCUGUUUA